CAUCCUUACAUCAGAGACUGACAAGUUUGACAAGCCAACUACACUCGCCUCUCUUCCUUCCAAAGGCCCUCCUCAUAUAUUGUCCACCAACCCCCGGUGAGUUCAAUGAAUUCCAUCAAGAUAAACCCCCCACAACCACUGCCUUGAUCCUUGUUUGAUCACCUGCUACCAUAAAUCCCUUCCGUAGCAACAAGAUCUCCGCAAGAUGAGAGCAGGUGGCUGCACUGUGCAGCAAGCAUUGACCCCCGAAGCAGCAACUGUGGUGAAGCAAGCCAUAAACUUAGCUCGACGGCGAGGACAUGCACAGGUGACGCCGCUCCAUGUGGCCAACACCAUGCUUUCGUCUUCCACCGGCCUCCUCCGAGCCGCCUGCCUCCAGUCUCACUCGCACCCCCUCCAGUGCAAGGCCCUGGAGCUUUGCUUCAACGUCGCCCUCAACCGCCUGCCGGCCUCCACCUUAUCCGCUCCGAUGCUUGGACUACCGCAGGCUGACCACCACCACCACCUCCACCCUCCGUCCCUCUCCAACGCCCUCGUAGCGGCCUUCAAGAGAGCUCAGGCCCACCAGCGCCGCGGAUCCAUCGAGACCCAGCAGCAGCAGCCUCUUCUUGCGGUCAAGAUCGAGCUUGAGCAACUCGUCAUCUCCAUCCUCGAUGACCCCAGCGUGAGCAGGGUCAUGAGAGAGGCUGGCUUCUCCAGUACUCAAGUGAAGAGCAACGUCGAGCAGGCUGUCUCCGUGGAGAUAUGCUCAUCCACUCCUCCUAGCUGUACUCCUCCUCCCACGGGCAAGACAAGGACUUUAGUUCAAGUGAAGAACGAGGAUGUGAUGAGCGUUACCGAUGCUUUGGUCAGCAGGAGAAAGAAGAGUAUCGUGAUAGUGGGAGAAUGCUUGGCCACCGCAGAAGCUGUUGUUGGAGGAGUGAGGGACAGAGUGCACAAAGGAGAGGUGCCUGAGGUUUCAAGGAACCUACAGUUCAUAACACUCCCACUCUUCUCUUUCAGGCAGAUGCCAGCGGAGGAGGUGGACCAAAAGGUUGGGGAGCUCAGGUGCUUUGUGAAGAGUUGCUGCGUGGAAACAGGGGUCGUCUUGUACCUCAAGGAUCUGGACUGGGCCGCCGAGUACAGGGCUAGCCGAGGGGAGAAGGGAAGAAGUUAUUAUUGUUCUUUGGAGCAUAUCCUGAUGGAGAUUAAGAACUUAGCCUUCGGUGGAACUGAGGGAGAGCAUAGUAAUGAGAGGAUUUGGCUCAUGGCCAUUGCAACGUAUCAGACCUACACGAGGUUUUGCCGGACUGGGAGCCCUUCACUGGAGACUCUCUUGGCUCUUCAGCCUCUCACCAUUCCCGCCGGAGGUUUAGGAUUAAGCCUCAACUUCGACAGUGGUUUAAGCGAAAUCCGAAGCAAGAUCGGUGGGGUGCAAUUUCUGCCGCCAGCAGCAGAUGAAAUAGGGAGUCCUGAGGUUCCAAGUUUGCACAUCAAUUCUUGUGGUAGCCUCUGCUCAAUGUCCUCUGGUCUACCUUCGUGGCUCAGAAGGUGUAAAGAAGAGGGCAAUAGAGAUCGGAACAGCGGUGAUCAGGGCUGUCGCCAAUUAAAAGAACUUUGCAGGCAGUGGAAUUCCAUUUGCACCUCGACGCACAAAUCCGACAACCAUCCGUCUGAAAUAACAUUCAAUUUCUCUUCAGUUUCUCCCUCUUCUUCUUCCAAUGUCUCUUCGUACGAUGGUCACUCUCGAAGCUUGCACCAGAACCAGCAACCUUCGUUACUACCUCGAAAGGCAAAACGUCCUUGGAACGAACACCAUUUCUGGAUAUCGGAAGAAGCUGUCGAUGAAGGCCCUGAGCAAAAACCAGGCAACAAAGCUCGAGAGAAUGCAGGGCAAAAGCUGUCAACCUUUCCAUUUCUGUACCUUAACUCACACCCUAACUCGAAUUCUUCCGGUAGCACCAUGGAGACGGAGUUAUCUUCAAAGUUCAAGGAGCUUAAUGCCGAGAACUUCAAGUUCCUCUGCGAUGCGUUGGAGAGAAAGGUCACCUGGCAGCAGGACAUUAUCCCUGAGAUUGCAAGCAUCAUCCUCCAGUGCAGAUCAGGAUUGAUGAGAAGGAAAGGCAAGUCGAAAUCUUCGGAGAAAAAGGAGGAGACGUGGCUGUUGUUUCAAGGUAGUGAUACCGAAGGAAAGGAGAGGAUAGGUAGAGAGCUUGCCAGACUUGUGUUUGGUUCUUCCACCAACUUCAUUACAGUCGGACACAGCAACUUAUCGUCAACACAAUCCGACUCCACGGAUGUUCUUCUCCAAAUCAAAAGAUCGAGAGCGGAAGCAAGUCACAGCCGUCUCCAGAGCCUCUUCGAAGCGAUACGAGAGGACCCACACCGGGUGAUCAUGAUGGAAGACAUCGAGCAAGUGGAUCAUUACACUCUAGCAGGCAUCAUGAGAGCCAUGGAGAGAGGGAAAUUACAGAGUUACGGUGGUGAGGAAGUCAGUCUUGGUGAUGCUAUUAUCAUCUUGAGUUGCGAAAGCUUCGAUUCCAGGUCAAGAGCUUGCUCUCCUCUGAUCAAGCAGAGGGCUGAGAGCGAAGACGACAAGGAAGUGGAUACAUGUGUUUCAUUAGACUUGAAUCUUUGUGCUGCAGACGAAGAUCUCGAUGACCACUGCUUUGACAGUGCAGGACUUCUUGAGUGUGUGGAUCGAGCAUUCUUCUUUAACUUGCCUGAUGUACUAUAAUUUGUUUGUUUCAUCAGUGCUGAAUCUUUUGAAGUAUAAUCUCUCUCUUUUGAA